UCCUCAUCUGCUCCAGACUCCAGUAGCAGCUGCGUCGCGCUAGCAGUUGGCCGGCUCGGUUCCGCACCAGAGCCUUCCUUCCAUCGGGUCAUCGGAGCAGCAGCUCUCGCUUCCACGAUAGCGCUCUCCCACCCGUGCCCCCCGACGAUGACGAAGCAGGCCGUCGUGGUCCCCGUGACGCCGGAGGCGGCCGUCGCGGUGCCGCCCAACUCGGCGCCGCUCUUCCCGUACCCGCCCCCGCGGGCCGCCGCGCCGGGGGCAGCCGUGCGCAAGAAGUACCUGCAGAUGGGCGGCGGCGGCGCCGGGACCGUCGGCGCGGGGGCCGCCGGCGGCGGCGGCCCAGGGCGCAUCGGCGGGUGGGUCGAGUCCAUGCGCGCGUCCUCGCCCACGCACGCCAGGGCCGCCGCCGCGCUCGCCGCAGGCGUCGACGUGGAGCGGCACGCCUCAUGGAUGGUGGAGCACCCGUCGGCGCUGAGCAAGUUCGACCAGGUGGUGGCGGCGUCCAAGGGCAAGCAGAUCGUCGUCUUCCUCGACUACGACGGCACGCUCUCACCCAUCGUCGACGACCCCGACGCCGCGUACAUGUCGGACACGAUGCGGCGGGCUGUGCGGAGCGUCGCCAAGCACUUCCCGACGGCGAUCGUCAGCGGGCGCUGCCGCGACAAGGUGUUCGAGUUCGUGAAGCUGGCGGAGCUGUACUACGCCGGCAGCCACGGCAUGGACAUCAAGGGCCCCGUGAAAGGCUCCCGGCACACUAAGGCCGCCAAGGCCAAAGGCGUUCUCUUUCAGCCGGCCAGCCAGUUCCUGCCCAUGAUAGAGCAGGUGCACGAAUCUCUGGUGGAGAAGACCAAGAGCAUACCUGGGGCCAAGGUGGAGAACAACAAGUUCUGUGUCUCUGUCCACUUCAGAUGCGUCGACGAGAAGAGCUGGAGCGCAUUGGCGGACACGGUGAAGUCGGUGCUCAAGGACUACCCGAAGCUGAAGCUGACGCAGGGGCGGAUGGUGUUCGAGGUCCGGCCCACCAUCAAGUGGGACAAAGGCAAGGCCCUCGAGUUCCUCCUCGAGUCGCUCGGCUUCGCCGACUGCGCCGACGUGCUCCCCGUCUACAUCGGCGACGACCGCACCGACGAGGACGCCUUCAAGGUGCUCCGCAGGCGCGGCCAGGGCGUCGGCAUCCUCGUCUCCAAGCACCCCAAGGACACCUCCGCCUCCUACUCCCUGCAGGAGCCCGCCGAGGUGAUGGAGUUCCUGCUCCGGCUCGUCGAGUGGGAGCGCCUCUCCAAGGCCCGCCCCAAGUGGUGAUCGGCGGCGGCGACCGCCGCCGGCGCCGAUCGCGAGGAGAUCGGCCGAUCGAUUGCCAGACGGAUUUGGUAUAUAUAUUAUAUAUAUACAUCUUCUCUUUGAUGAUUAAAUUAGAAGAAGGGAGGGAGCCGGCCGGCCGGCCGGCGUAUCUUGGUGUCAGCGUGUCGACGUACCAGCUCCCCCCCGCGUGCGGUGUCGUACGUUAACCCUACCGAGGUCACUGUGCACGGCGCAGUCAUGUGCGCGUCCGCGACGGGGGCCCCUCCCCCCUUCUUUUAACGGGGGGCGCGCCCUGAGGUUGCCGGGAGGUAGAAGAAAGCUUCGGAAGCCUUAGCUUUCACCGGGCCCCUGGCAGGCUAGAGACGAUGCGAUCUGGCUGCUGCGCAGCAAGGCCAAACAAACAAAAAGGAAAGAAAGAAAUGUACGUGCUGCUGCUGCUUUAAUUUGUGUAAUUUGUCUUGUUAAUUAGUGUGGCCGCCUGAAUUCAGAUUGUGUAAAAGAAAUGGAGAUCCAGCUACGUACGGGAAUAUAUAGUAGAAACAAAUCUCAAGUCUUUUUUCGUGGGAAGUCUACUGUGUUCAUGGAUGUCUCUUGUUCUGACUUCUGAGUAUACACACAUACAGCUUCAA